AUGGGGUGCGCGUGUUCCCAUCCCAGUGCGCUCGACGAGUCUCCGCCUCACAAGCCUGCAGCAGAGAAGCCUCCCCCUCCCCCACAGCAGCAGCAAAGACCGCCAGCCGCCACUCCGCCUCCCGCCGCCGUCCCCGUGGCACCCGAGCCCCCUUCCAUAAAGGAUCCCCCGCCUCCCGCCAAAUCAGGGGCUCCGCCAACAGUAGCAGCUGCGCCAGCGGCGGUAACCGCAGCUCAAGCCGCGGGGAAGGGCAGCUCGCGGCAGAGCGGGCAACUGGGGGCGGGGGAGGAGGGAGCGGAGCGGGAGAGACGGAAGGAGCGGGAAAAGGAGAAGGAGAAGGAGAAGGAGCGAGAGCGGGAGCGGGAUCGAGAGCGGGCGGGAGAUGCGGUAGUGCCGGCGGCGGUGGCGUCGGUGCCGCGGCAGGUGCACAAGAGCCUGGAGGCGGAGCAGGUGGCGGCGGGAUGGCCGUCGUGGCUCGCGUCCGUCGCCAGCGAGGCCAUCAAGGGCUGGGUGCCGCGCCGCGCCGACUCCUUCGAGAAACUCGACAAGAUAGGGCAGGGGACGUACAGCAACGUGUACAAGGCGCGCGACCUGGAGAGCGGGCGGCUGGUAGCGCUGAAGAAGGUGCGGUUCGACAACCUGGAGCCAGAGAGCGUGCGGUUCAUGGCGCGCGAGAUCGAGGUGCUGCGGCGCCUGGACCACCCGAACGUGAUUCGGCUGGAGGGGCUGGUGACGUCGCGCAUGAGCUGCAGCCUGUACCUCGUCUUCGAGUACAUGGAGCACGACCUCGCCGGGCUCGCCGCCUGCCCCGGCAUCUCCUUCACCGAGGCGCAGGUGAAGUGUUACAUGCAGCAGCUGGUGGCGGGGUUGGAGCACUGCCACACGCACGGCGUGCUGCACCGCGACAUCAAGGGCAGCAACCUGCUGCUCGACAACACGGGCAGCCUCAAGAUCGCCGACUUCGGGCUCGCCACGUUCUACCGCCCCGAGCAGAACGUGCCGCUGACCAGCCGCGUGGUGACGCUGUGGUACCGGCCGCCCGAGCUGCUGCUGGGCGCCACCACGUACGGCGUGGGCGUCGACCUGUGGAGCAGCGGCUGCAUCCUCGCCGAGCUGCUCGCCGGCAAACCCAUCAUGCCCGGCCGCACCGAGGUGGAGCAGCUGCACAAGAUAUUCAAGCUGUGCGGGUCGCCCAGCGAGGAGUACUGGCGGCGCUCCAAGCUGCCGCACGCCACCAUCUUCAAGCCCACCCAGCCGUACAAGCGCGCGUUGCGGGACCUGUUCAAGGACUUCCCCGCCACGGCGCUCAACCUGCUCGACGUCCUGCUCUCCAUCGAACCCGCCGACCGCGGCUCCGCCACCUCCGCGCUCGCGCACGAGUUCUUCACGACGAAGCCAUUGCCGUGCGACCCAGCGAGUCUACCGCAGUACCCGCCCAGCAAGGAGUACGACGCCAAGCUGCGCGACGAAGAGGCCCGCAGGCAGAGGGCGGCAGGGGCGAGGGCGGGCAAGGUGCUAGACAGCAGCGCGAGCAGCAAGCAGGCGGCGGCGGGGCAGGGCGCGCAGCGCAGCAGCACGUCGCAGCAGCAGCCGCAGCUGCAGCAGCAGAGCCAGCAGCGCUCCAGCCGGGCGGUGCCGGCGCCCCACGCCAACGCGGAGCUGGUGGAGUCCAUCAACAUGCAGAAGGCUGCGGGGGGCAAGGCGGCGAUAGCGAAGAGCAAGAGUGAGAAGUUCAUCAGUCCGGCGGAGAUGGCGCUGGCGGCGGGCCUGCAGGGGCUGGGCCCGCACGCCAUGGGCGCCGCCAAGGCCGUGGACACGCCCGACGGGCUCAAGGCGCUCAAACCCGCCGACGCCACCGACAAGCUUCGGGGGGCGGCGCCGGGCGGCAAGGGCUUGUCCGCCACGACGUCAUGGGUGCAGGGGCCGUCCUUCUCGUCCGCAGGCACUGCUGCUGGCGCCACAGGGGGGGCGGCAGGGGCGGGGGUGGGGGGAAGGAACGUGAGUGGGGAGGUGGGGAUUGGGGAGAGCAAGCAGGGGGGGCUGGUGCGGACGGGCAGUGCGGGCAGGAGCAAGGGGGGUGUGAACCCCACGAGCCAUGAGCUGUCGGCAGCCGGGGUGGCGGCUGCUGCUGGCGUGGCGGGUGUAGGCGGUGGCAGUGCGGCGGGCACGGGCGCGUCCAAGGACUUCUCCACGGGGUCAUCGCGUGACCUCACCGAGUCGAGAGAUGCUGCUCUGCGCAAAGGCGCUGCUCUCAACAGCAGCACCACCAAGGCCCGCCUGCACAAGACCCGGUCAGGGGAGUUGUCACAUCUGCCCGGUAAAUCCGAGAGUAAAUCGCGAAACAGCUCGAUGGACGAGAGGCAUCGGCGUGAGAUAGAGGCGCUGUUUGCAUCGGCGUCCAUGUCUGGCGUCCUGCCGGGCGGGCUGGUGGGGAGUGGUGGGGACGGGGAUAGGGGCAGGGAGAAGGGGAGGGAGCGGGAGCAGCAGCGGCCGAGCAGCAGCGGCGGGCACGGGGGGGGCAGCAGUGGGCCGAUGCGCAUGUCGACACGCAAGGCGGGGGGAGCGGGGCAGGCGGAGAAGAGGGGGGUGGAUCAGAAGACGUGGAUGCUCAUGGGCGCCAAGGGCGAGCUGCCUCCCGGCGUCGCUGCUGCGCUGGCCGCCACGCGCGGGGAGGGCCACAGCCACUCGCUCAGCGCCGUCGCCAGUGCCAGCAGCCUUGAGCGCACGGGUGGGGGUGGAGGAGGGGGAGGGGAGGACCGUGCAGUGGUGCGCAGCAGCAGCAGCAGCGGGGGGCGUGGUGCGGCGGUGGAGGUGAGUCCGCGGGGGCGGCCCGUGUCCACGUUCGCUGUGGAUUGGUUCGGGACGGGGCUCAACCGCUCCACACUGCUCAAAACCAGCUUGCACAACGGCGACUCUCGAGCGUGCCUCGCGUUCAGAAGCUAUGUCUUCUCAACAACGAGGUUCUGGGUUGCGUGGGGGAGGAGCUCCACCCAUCUCAUCUCUCACUCUCCAGUUGCUCUCCGCUUCACGUCCGUGCCUCGCGUCCCUAAUGCUGCCGCGGAGUAUGCCUUGAGUGAUCGCACUCCCUCGCGCCAACAUAUCGUGAGCAUGGCUGCGACACCCGGAGCGGCACGGCGCGGCUCGCAACGCAUCGGGUGCGAAUGCAUGCGUGCAAAGCACCGCAUGACGGCAGGCAUCCGCAGCGCGACACAAAUCACGCGAGGCUGUGCCGUGCGAGUUGUCGACAGCCCCUGGCACUCGGUGGCACUCGGUGGCACUUGCGGCCGCGCCAUGGAGGGAGUGGUGGAUAACACCAUGGAGGGAGUGGUGGAUAACACUAUGGAGGGAGUGGUGGAUAACACCAUGGAGGGAGUGGUAGAUUACACUGUGAUGCAUGCUCCAUGUGAUGUGACUCACAAGUGUUCAUGUGUUGAAUGCAUGUGCUUUUAUGCCAGUGUCCUUACCGUAGUUUAA